CCGGCGGAGCCACCAGCGGCAGCGGCGGCGAAGAAGCUUUGCUCGCGCUCCUCUCGCGCCGGACCUCCCCGCCGCCGCCGCCGCCGCCAUGGCCAACUUCACCGGCAGCUGGAAGAUGCUCAGCUCGGAGAACUUCGAGGAGCUGCUGAAGGCGCUGGGGGUCAACGUGAUGCUUCGGAAGAUCGCGGUGGCUGCAGCCUCCAAACCAGCAGUGGAGAUCAAGCAGGAGGGACCCUCCUUCUACAUCAAGACCUCCACCACAGUGCGCACCACGGAAGUCCGUUUUGAGGUCGGGGAGGAGUUUGAGGAGCAGACGGUGGACGGGAGGCCUUGCAAGAGUUUGGCCAAGUGGGAGAACAACAACAAGAUUGUGUGCGAGCAGAAGCUGCUGAAAGGAGAAGGGCCCCAAACCAGCUGGUCCCGGGAACUGACCAACGACGGGGAGCUCAUUCUGACUAUGAAGGCUGACGACGUCGUCUGCACGAGGAUCUACGUCCGCGAGUGAGAGGCCUCCGGCCAGCACCAGACACGAGGGGGGGGGGGCAGACCGGACAUCCCAGGAGCAUCCCUGCCCUGCAGCCCAAUGCCAGCCUUCCCCACUGCCUGGCCCCUAUUCUCUGUCUGUGGCACUGUCUGCAAACCCUUCAGAAUGGUCCUUCUACCUGGCUGGAGGGAGGGGGCUGAAGCAACCCCUCCUCUUCAGAGCCCCCCCUCCCUGACCCGCUCCCCCCUUUGCCCCUUUGGAGGAGGCAUACCGAGGUCUGCCUUGUUUGGGCAAUUUAACAGUGGAAUCCGGGGUCAAGCUUGGGGGUCAGGACGUGGCCCCUACAAGCUGGAGCCUCUUCCUGCUCUCCCCUUUGGGGUGGGGCAGGGGGGCUUCCCUUCAGGUGUCCCUGCCGCCCCCUCCUCUUUGUUCCUGGCCGGUGUGUGCUGCUCCUCGUGCUGAACCCCCAAAGCAGCAGUAGAGGUCUUCUUGCACUGAUCCACCGAAGAGCUGGCGCAGAUCUGUCCCCCCCACCCGUUCCCCUUUCCUUUUAGUGCGAAGUCUGUAACAUUUGUGAAGAUGCCUUCAUUCCCCCCCCCCCAGCCUCCAUUAAAGCUUUUUCCAGCUC